GCGAAGGACGAGGAACAUAAUGUUGCACGUGUGGACAGGUUGAUCUGGUCAAAUGAAGCAAAUGCAGAGUGGUAAAAACAAAAAAGAAAAGAAAAUGCCACCCAGAAACGAAUCCAGUCCGACCAAUGGAAGCAGACACGAAAGUCGUCAUUAAAAUGAAUAGUGAGGUGGACAGUGUUGUUGUUAUCCCCGCCCUAUUUUCUCUGAAUACGAACCAGUUGCCUGUUUUAUUGGCCUUAUAUUACUACUAUUAUCUUCAUACCCACUUUAUCUCUUCCCAAUCUCUCCCUUCCCAUCUGUUGACUUUCUCUCCGGAUGCCAAGGGGGGCAUCUCACAGACACUGAGGCAUAUUGCAUUGCAGCUAGCCUUAAGAGGAAGAAGGUCUCUUUGAAAAGAAAUGGAGGCUACCAAGAAACACCGCAAUUUAACUCCUUUUAGGUUGAUAAGGGGUGUGGCAUGUCUACUCGUGUUUGUUUCUACUGCGUUUGUGUUCUUAGUGUAUUGUGCUCCGUCCGCCUUCUUGUCGCGGUUUGUUACCAUACAUUAUCGCAGAAAAGUGACCUCCUUCAUCUUCUCUAUUUGGUUGUCUAUGUGGCCCUUUCUGUUCGAAAAGAUUAAUGGUACGAAAGUUGUUUUUUCCGGGGAUGCUGUCCCGGCAGAAGAACGUGUUUUGCUUAUUGCCAAUCACAGAACUGAGGUUGAUUGGAUGUAUCUGUGGAAUCUGGCACUGCGGAAAGGGUUCUUAGGCUCUAUGAAAUAUAUUCUCAAGAGUAGCUUGAUGAAAUUGCCUAUCUUUGGUUGGGGUUUUCACAUUUUGGAGUUCAUAUCGGUUGAUAGGAAGUGGGAAGUUGAUGAACCUGUUAUGCGUCAAAUGCUUUCAACUUUUAAGGAUCCUCGAGAUUCCUUAUGGCUUGCUCUUUUCCCUGAAGGAACUGAUUUUACGGAAAAGAAAUGCAUAGCGAGUCAAAAAUUUGCAGCUGAAGUUGGACUACCCGUGCUUAAGAAUGUGCUGCUUCCAAAAUCAAGGGGUUUUUGUGUUUGCUUGGAAGUUCUUCAGGGCUCAUUGGAUGCAGUUUAUGAUGUAACUAUUGCAUACAAGCAUCAGCGCCCUACCUUUUUGGACAAUGUAUUUGGUGUAGAUCCCGCUGAAGUUCACAUGCAUAUUAAACGCAUCUCUAUCGAUGACAUUCCAGCUUCCGACAGUGAGGCUGCUAGUUGGUUAAUGAAUACCUUCCAGCAUAAGGAUGAUUUGCUGUCGGAAUUCAGAACUCAUGGCCAUUUUCCUAAAGAAAGAAGAGAAGCAGAAAUUUCUACAUUAAGAUGCUUGAUAAAUAUAACCAUCGUAGUAUCCCUAACCGCUAUAUUUACUUAUCUCACCCUUUUCUCAUCAAUCUGGUUCAAAAUAUAUGUAAGUUUAGCUUGUGCCUUUCUUACCGUAGUUACUUACUUUGAUCUUCGGCCAUUGCCAAUCGUAGAUUCUUUAAACUGUAUGUUUAGUUACAAGAAAAUGUAGUGCUAAAUAGCUUGUUAUAGAAGAUGAUCAACAGUACUAGUUGAUCUCUUGUGUAAAGGAUGCUAAUUGGUAGAAUUUCAUUUCGAGUGUAAGUAAAUACAAAAUCAGAAUUUUAACUGUUGAAA